CUCUAUCCAUCCCUGCACUCGACAAGCCUUGCUCCCGCUCCCAUUCCCAUGGCGCUCCUCGCCGUCCACGCCAUGGCCGCGUCCCCCGCCUCCACCUUCCCCUCCCACCACCACGGCGCCAUCUCCUCUUACUGCGCUCUCCCCGCCGCCGCAUUCUCCCACGCCCGCUCCCCUCGCGCCGGCGCCGGCGCCGCCCUCUCGGCCCCGCUCACUCCAGUUCUUGAAGUUUACUGCGGUAGAGGGGACAAGAAGACCAAAAGGGGCAAGAGGUUCAACCACUCGUAUGGAAAUGCGAGGCCGCGUAACAAGAAGAAGGGAACUGGUCCUGCGCGGCUGUUUGCGCCGCCGGCGCCUCCCAGGAAGGACCAGUUCGACGACGGCGAGGUCACGCCGAUCGACAUCGAUGAUGACAUCAUGGAAUAGGUUGUCUGAAUUCUCCACUUGAAUUAUUGUUUCCUUGAGCUUACCCUUGUCUAGCCUGUACCAAACACUUGUUUCCUUCAAUUAAUUACAUUACAUAUGGUCUCAUUCUACGUAAUGUGGAUGCCUAUGCUUAUUCCUUGUAAUAUAUAUGGUACUACUUAGAGUCAUUUUGUAUGCGCUACCGAUUGAAGCAGUAGUAAUGCAGAACACAAAUACAGAUACAAUCAUGAAAAAUUUCAUGUUCUUGCUAGAAACCAGGGAAGAUGCCAUGUCUCAUUUUGUCUA